AUGUCUCUAAAUUGCCAUGUCAUUCGCUUUGUUACUGAGUUAACGCAGCAAAAAAGUGGGUUCUUUGCGAGUGUCUUCCCCUCUUCCAGAAGAGGCGCCUCUUCACCUGGUUCUUCGUCUCUCUCUCCCUUUGUUUUUGGAAUCCGUUCUUCUCCGACCAAAUCCAACCAAAAUCCAGCCAAAAUCACCGUCGAGAGAGAAAAUCAGUUGUUCUUCUUCGCGUGUGUGGGAAGCGUCUUUCGUCUUUCGUUGCCUGGUCCACAAGCUGUCCGAACUUCGUGGUUAAGUUGCUGCGCCGUGCCUUCUUCCUACACCUUAAGUGACCAUGUGUGCAAAGUGAGGGCUCCACUGGUGAAAUCUGAUGGUGAUUCAAAGGAUGCUACCUCAAAGAGGCUGGUUUAUGAGCUUACCAGCGGCGUUUAUUAUAAUAGCGGUUUUGUUGUUCUCCAUGUGAUGUCGAAGCGUGUGCUCGCUUUUGGUGUAUACAGUCUGACCAUCCUCUUGGAGAGUUUAUGCAAUAAUCUGGAGUACGGCAGGACUGUUACUUUAUUAAGAACCAACACUUUGAACAUGGAUCUUAGAACUUCAAAGGACGCCAACAGUAUCAUCCAUCAGUGCUUCCAGGGGGAGUUGGAGGUUCUGAGAGAGUGUUUCAAGGCAAUGAAAACAAAUAAAUCUCCAAAAAUGACUUUUCUGAUGCUUGGGCUAGAUUUGCCACCACCUCCUCUAUUCAAAGAUGUCAUGGAGAAAAACAUUAUUCUGCCGGUUGCUCUAUUUGAUAUACUUAAGAAGUUUGAUGGAGAAACUGUGACAUAA